CAUCUGUAUUUUUAGAAUAAAAAUUACGACCAGCCUCUGAGGUCUGCAACCCAGCAACUGCGAGAAAGACGCUGUCACUUUUAUAAUAUCACCGGAACAGUCGAGAAGGGAUAGACUUACGAGCUAGACUACUCGUAAAAAAAUGGCUGAACGGGCAAGAGCGAGUGAAGGCGACGCUCUGUCAGCGAAUCUUUGCGAAGCUGGUUGCGGGUUUUUCGGGAACCAAAACACAGCAAACAUGUGUUCUGUUUGCUACAGUCUUCGCACUUCUUGUACUGGCGACAACUCCGAGAUCCGAACCAACCUUGAUACCAGCAACUCUCGUAUCGUACAGCCAAUCGUCACCCCGAUUCUGGAGACUGACGAUGACUCUGAGUUGGAUAAAAUUGACGUCGGUCCUUUUGCUGUUGGAGAACCAGAAAUCAAAGAGUUAAACAAACGGGACGAGCAAUGUCUUCUUAACAGAUGUUACACCUGCAACAAGCGUACUGGGUUUACAGGUUUUAGGUGCCGCUGUGAGUAUAUUUUCUGUUCAAGUCACCGUCACUCAAACAAGCACAACUGCACUUUCGACUACAAAGCCUUAGGUAGGGAUGCCGUCGCCAAGGCAAAUCCAGCAGUGAUAGCUGAGAAGUUGCACAAGAUUUAAGUUACAGUGACUUCUAGAUUAGGCUGUAACGAUUUCACCAUCUAGAAUAGAAACUGCUGUUCGCCUUUUUUUCAUGUUAUAUCAUACAUUAAUACUCUUCUC